AAAAAUCCUUCUCGUUGCGUGGCGCGAAUUUCCAUUGAUAUUAUAUUAUCUACUUGCGUGAAUUUCUGCGUUAUUGAUGCCAAAGCUUUUGCUCUGUGCAUGCCUCACCCUCGUUUUCAGAGCUUAAUAUCGAGAAUGGCCGAGGAGAUUAGCAAGACAGAGGUUGGUUCAUCAUCUGCGCGGGCGAAGACCAAAUCGUUAUGGCCUUCGAUUCUCCGUUGGAUUCCUACUUCUACCGAUCACAUCAUCGCCGCCGAGAAACGACUCCUCUCCAUAAUCAAGACUCCGUAUGUGCAAGAACAAGUUAAUAUAGGGUCUGCUCCACCGAAAUCCAAAGUCCGGUGGUUUCGUUCUGCGAGUGAUGAGCCGAGGUUCAUUAACACGGUUACCUUUGAUGCGAAGGAUGAUUCUCCUACUCUUGUGAUGGUUCAUGGAUAUGCGGCUUCUCAGGGAUUCUUCUUCAGAAAUUUUGAUGCUCUUGCCUCUCGUUUCAAGAUCAUUGCUAUUGAUCAGCUUGGUUGGGGGGGAUCAAGUAGGCCCGAUUUUACGUGUAAAAGCACUGAAGAAACUGAAGCAUGGUUUAUUGAUUCUUUUGAGGCAUGGCGAAGAGCAAAAAACUUGAGUAAUUUCAUAUUACUUGGGCAUUCUUUUGGAGGCUAUGUUGCAGCUAAAUAUGCUCUGAAGCAUCCUGAGCAUGUUCGGCACUUGAUUUUAGUGGGACCUGCUGGAUUUACACCAGAAUCAGAUGGCUCAUCCAUGCGGAUUGCACGCUUCCAAUCAACAUGGAAAGGAGCAAUUAUAAGACACUUAUGGGAAUCUAACUUCACUCCACAAAAGAUCAUUCGAGGUGUUGGUCCUUGGGGUCCGGAUUUGGUGCGCAGGUAUACCAGUGCUAGAUUUGGGUCAUAUUCAACCGGGGAAGUAUUGACGGAGGAGGAGACUAGAUUGCUAACAGAUUAUGCCUACCAUACCAUAGCAGCAAAAGCUAGUGGAGAGCUGUGCCUGAAACACAUAUUCGCCUUUGGAGCACUUGCUCGAUCACCCCUUCUGAACAGUGCAUCGGAUUGGAAAGUGCCGACCACUUUUAUAUACGGAUUUGAUGAUUGGAUGAACUAUCAAGGGGCUGAAGAAGCUCGCAAGGAUAUGAAGGUCCCAUGUGAAAUUAUUAGGGUUCCCCGGGGUGGGCAUUUUGUGUUCAUAGACAACCCAAAUGGGUUCCAUUCAGCCAUGUUAUAUGCUUGCCGGAGGUUUCUCUCACCUGACCCUGAUAAGGAGUCCCUUCCUGAAGGUUUGACAUCUCUAUAGAAGAAUAAGAGUUCCAUGUUACUUUUAUGUAUAAUUUAAAUUCCAUUUUUAAGUACAGUUACUUGCAUAUUCAUAUGUUCUUUCCUUGUACAAGAAUUUGUAUCAUCUCUAUUACAAUGUAGAUUCAAACAAAAAAAAAGGAAAGAAUGAUUAAUUUAAAGAAAAGAGGUGAUCUGUAUUUUAGUGAUUUUUGAGUUUAAGAACAAGCAAAUUUACCCCCA